AUGGAUAAAGCUAGGGACUUUGGAGCUGGAGCACUUUUUAAUCAGAUUCUUUCUCUAUUGAUGUCUCAAAAUUUAGAAGAUCAAGAACGUCAUUUACUAGUUAAAGACCGUGAAAUUAUAAGUAAUUUAAGUAUAGCUGCUGGAUUACCAAAAGUGAUUUCUACAAUGAGAUCAGUUUCAUUAGAUUCACUAUUUUCAAAAACAAAAGCUACUCCUCAUCUAUACUAUAAACCUGUGUCAUCAGAAGAUGCACAAUCAAGGCUUAAAGUUAUGGAAAGAAGAAGAAAUAGGGGACACUCUUAG